CCCCUUGCCGCUCCCACAGCGCACGCCCUUUCCUUACGCCUCGGCCCCGUCCCCGCUUUUUCUCUCCCCCCCUCCCUCUCGCUCGGCCCGCCUCUUGUGAACAUGUCCCAGGGUGUCGGCAGCUUCCUCCGGUCCUUCUCCUCGGCGCGGCCCGCGGCCAAGGCGUACGACGCCAUCAUCGUUGGCGGCGGCCACAACGGCCUGGUUGCGGCCGCCUACCUGGCUCGGGCCAAGAAGAAGGUCCUGGUGCUGGAGAAGAACCCGGCCAUCGGCGGCGCCGCCUGCAGCGAUGACAGCCUCUUUGAUGGGUUCACCUUCUCCCGGGCCAGCUACCUGGCCAGCCUCCUGCGGCCGGACAUCGUGCGCGAUCUCGACCUUCCGGCGCACGGGCUGCGUCUCCUGCCGCGCGACCCGUCCUCCUUCACGCCGACCCUGGACAAGGGCCGGUACCUGCUGAUGGGCCAGGAUAUGGCGGAGAACCGGCGCGCCAUUGCCCAGUUCUCGCCGCGCGACGCCGAGCGCUAUCCGCAGUACGAGGCCAUGCUUGGCCGAAAUGUGUCCAUCCUCAACACCCUGAUGGAUAUGCGCCCCCCGGUGAAGGGGUCCUUCCCCACGCCGAUGGAGCUCUUCCAGGCUGGCCGGGACAUCGGCCACCUGCUCCAGGCCUCGCCGAUCCCCCUGCGCGAGCAGGUCGGCGAGCUGUACGAGCUGCUCAUGGCUCCCUCGACCAAGAUCCUGGACCAGUACUUCGAGUCGGAUAUCCUCAAAACCACCCUCGCCACGGAUGCCGUGAUCGGCGCCUUCGCCUCGCCCUCGUCCCUCGGCACGGCGUAUGUCCUGCUGCACCAUGUGAUGGGCGGCGGCCUGGCCGGCCUCGGCCUGCGGGCCCCCCCGGAGCAGGACCUGGCCUCGAUCAUCACCGGGGCCCACCCGGUCCCCGGGCCGACGGGGGCCCCAUUCGCCAACAUGCCGGCCGACGAGGGGCUCGGGGUCGGGUCCUGGGCGUAUGCCGUCGGCGGCAUGGGGGCCGUGUCGGCCGCCCUGGCCCGCAGCGCCCUGGCGCACGGGGCGGAGAUCUGCUCGGACGUGACCGUCGAGCGCAUUGUUUCCGAGCGGCCGGACGCGCCCGGCUCCGGCGCCGCCGCCCCGGCGCCCGUGGCCAAGGGUGUGCAGCUGGCCUCCGGCGAGGUCAUCACCUCCAAGGUGAUCCUGUCGAAUGCCACCCCGCGCACGACCAUGGAGCACCUGGUCGACCAGGCGCACCUGGAUCCGGCCAGCAUCCAGGGCUACCGCGCGAUCGACUACUCGUCGGCCACGAUGAAGAUCAACCUGGCGCUGGACCGGCUGCCGGACUUCUCCUGCAUCGAUAAGGCCGACCGGGCCGGGCCCUACAACUCCCUGGGCGUCAAGUACACCGAUCCCAAGGCCCAGCCCUACCAUCAGACCACCAUCCACAUCGGCCACCAGAUGGCCGACCUUGAGUCCGCCUUCCAGGACGCCGUGGCCGGGCGCAUGUCCCAGCGCCCGCUCAUCGAGCUGACCAUCCCCUCGGUGCUGGACCCGACGCUCGCGCCGCCGGGCAAGCAUGUGGCCAACCUCUUCGUGCAGUAUGCCCCGUACAGCGUCCUGGGGCCGGAUGGUGUCCGCAGCCCGCGGCACUGGAGCAACGCCGACUUCAAGCGCGCCAUUGCCCAGGACGUGUACCGCCUGAUCGAGGAGUACGCCCCGGGCUUCCGCUCGUCGGUGCUCUUCGAGGAUGUCCUCUCGCCGGUGGACCUGGAGCAGCAGUUCGGUCUCACGGGCGGCAACAUCUUCCACGGGUCGGUCACGCCCGACCAGCUGUUCCUCACCCGGCCGACGGUCAAGAACCCGGGCCACGCCACCCCGAUCGAGCGACUGUUCAUUUGCGGGUCCGGCGUCCACCCUGGUGGCGGUGUCAUGGGCGCCCCGGGCCGCAACACCGCCAAGCUGGUACUCUCCAACGAGAAGAACUUCCAGUGAGGGAGGGCCCGGCGACUGGGCCACGCCCUCCACAGGGGGGAGGGCGCCCUUGCCUCCGCCAUCACGAACGCCGGGGAAAGGGAGGGCCCGAGGGGGGCCGGCCCACUCCUGUGUGACGCCCCCCUGCACCCCCCUGCCCGGGAAAGAAAUAAAAAACACCCACCCGGUAGUUCCUCUCUCUCUCUCUCUCUUGC